UGUGUGUUUCUUUGAAUGUUUGUUUGUUAUUGUUUUUUUUGUUUCCCCCUUUCUUUUGGUUUUGGCUGUGGUUGUUUUGUUGGGGUUGUUGGGUGUGGUGUUAUAAUGUGUAAAAUGCAAAUAUCCAAUAAAAAUUCUAUGAUCCAAAAAAAAAAAAAAAAAAUCUCUGGCUUGUGAGAGUUCAGGUGAGAAUGCAAGUGAGAGCGUAGGUGAGAGUGCAGCAGGAAAGCAAGACCUCGCUUGCAGGACAGUACUGGCGACAUUUAGAAAGUUCCUAAGAUUUGUCCAAAAAGUCGCUAGAUUUGUCACUAUGCGCUUUUAUUUGCUAAAAAAAAAAAAAAAGUCGCUAAAGGGGUGUGAAAAGUCGCUAAACUGGCAACACAGGUCUGCACUGACAGCGAGAUAAAAGGCAGGCUAAACUCCGCCUCUCCCCAGCAAAAAGAAAAUGCAGGUUCUUUUUUCUUUCCUUUAGUGAAAAGCAAUAAAAUACACCUAGUACCCAAUUUAUGCCCCAUCUGCUUUUUUUUCUUGAAAACAAUUUGCACCCCCCCCCGAUCUCUCCGCCCCCCUGGUGAACCACUGCACUAGAUGACUCAUGUUGACUUAAGCCUUAAGGUGUGGACUCUUAUCACGUGACCUUGCUGCCCCCAUAGUAUUUAGCAAAGGUGAGUUUCUCUUCUUGUUAAACAGGUUUUAACUCAGCGCAAGAGCACAAAGUCAGUUAACACGCUGCGAAACCAGAACACCUCUACUGCUGAAUAAAACAACUGGAUGUGAGUAAUAUUUUUUAGUUCGGAAUUCUUUCAUAUAUUAAUCCCCCUGCAUUGCAAAGAUAAACAAACAAACAAACAAACAAACAAACAAAAAACAAAACAAACAACAACAUAACAGAUCUAUAUUAAUCACCAGUCUGAUUAUUUCUUCAAGGCAUUCUCAGUCAUGUCCAGAGAUGCCAAGAUUGUGGUGGUGGGUGCAGGAUUUGCAGGUUUGGCUGCAGCAGCCUCUUUGGUCCAGGCUGGAUUUCAGAAUGUCAAGAUCCUUGAGGCUAAAGAGCGAGUAGGAGGAAGAGUUUGCACUACUAAACCAUUUACAGAGAACAUUAUUGAACUUGGUGCUAACUGGAUCCAUGGACAGAAUGGGAAUCCCCUCUACAAGUUAGCAAAAAAACAUAAACUGCUAGCUGAAGAAGGUUUGAUGGAUGACUCGGAGAGUUCUCGAGACUACUUUUUUAAGGAGGGUGGAGCACACUUGCCAGAUGAACUUGCUGAUGAGGUCACCUCUCGAUUUGACAAACUCAUCUCCAAGGCAUUUGAUGAAAAAUUGCCACAAAAGUACAGAGCCCUUACUUUGGGAGAUUACCUUGAUGCGUCCUUUGCUGAAUCUGCUUUAGCAUCUUCAGAAGAUGGAUCAAGAAUUUUUGAAUGGUGCAAGAGAAAUGAAUGCACAGACGAAGCUACAUCUUCUCUAUAUGAAGUGUCUGCAUCUCAGGCUAGUGAAUAUAUUGCACCUGAUGGGGAGUUCCAUAAUACCCUGGGUCCUGGGGGUUAUCAAGCAAUUUUAGAUCUUAUUCUGAAAGGUCUACCUUCAGGAACUAUUCUGAGCAAUAAAGCAGUGAAGAGCAUUGAGUGGGACUCCCAGGGGAACAAGGACAAAGAAGAGAAGCAUCCUGUAAGAGUGAUCUGUGAAAAUGAUCAGAUCAUUCAAGCUGACCAUGUGAUUGUGACUGUAUCUCUGGGGGUUUUAAAACAACAAGCAAGAACCAUGUUUGAACCUGACCUACCAAAAUCAAAGCUGGAUGCUAUUGAGAGACUCGGCUUCGGUACGGUGGACAAGAUCUUCCUGUGUUUCAGUGAGCGAUUUUGGCCAGAAGACUGUGAAGGAAUCCAACUUGUUUGGGACGAGGGACCUGAAGAUAAGGCAGUCUAUAGCAGUCAAGACGAAGAAGAUGACUGGGAAGAGACAUGGUUUAAAAAGAUUUCAGGCUUUGACGCUGUGGCCCGUCACCCUACAGUGCUCUGCGGCUGGAUCACAGGCAGAGAGGCUCUUCAUAUGGAGACCCUGCAGGACAGUGAGGUUGGAGAUAUCUGUGUAAGAUUACUCAGGUCUUUCACUGACUGGCCUGUUCCUGAUGUGUCGAAAGUUCUGGUCACUAAGUGGGGUCAUGAUUCUAAUGUCUAUGGCUCCUAUACAUAUAUUCCCAAGGAGGUGAAUGGUGUGAGAGAACAAAAAGCACUAGCAACACCUCUUCCUCCUCAGGGGAAAGCUUCACACAGUAAGCCUCUACAGGUGCUGUUUGCAGGUGAAGCCACUCAUGAGAACUUCUACACCACCACCCAUGGAGCCUAUCUGUCAGGGGUCAGAGAAGCACAGAGACUCAUUGACCACUACUCUCAUUAAGCCAUUAAGGUGUCUGUCCAUUGAGAACACGAUGUCUGUACUGCUUUUUGCUUUUUUUUUUUUUUAAUGUUAAUCCAUGAAAGUUUUAUGACUAAUAAUUUGAGAGAAUAAUUGUAGAAAUGUAUUCUUAAGAAGAAUAAUUGUUGGUGCUGUGUAUAGUUUGUAACAAUUGAAAAUGUUGUAAUGAAAAUGCAGAUGAUCCAUUGGUUGUGCUUAGUUUUCAAAAAUGCAGUGAAAAGAUAUAAGAAAGAUCUUGGCCAAAACAGGAAGCGUUCUAAAGGAAGUAUUGUGGUGUAUAAACUGACAGCCAAAAUGAAACUGUAUUUCACCAGAUGGCGAUGUUGUGCAAUUCACCCUUACUUGUGAUGACGCAGUAUGAAAGUGAAGUUUCUAGUUGGUUAACAGCAUGUAAGGUUCAUAGUAUGUAAGACCAGUUUUCAUUAAAAAUAUAAAAUAAACAAGACCUCAGCCAAUAAGAUGGGAAAUCAAAUAAAACAACAAUCCAGUUAGUUGAACACUUAGUUACAGUGUAAGAGGUUUGGAACUAAAUGUCAGGGUGGUAGAUUUUCAAGAACUGGGCUGAUGACUUAUGAGAAUAAAAAAAAUGAGGGUGAGGUUACGAGGUACAGCAGUGUGCUGUUCACUAAAUUCUCUUUUCUCGCAGUUAAUCUCAUGAAAUGCUAGAUGAUUUAUUAGUGAAUAUUAUCAAGUGCUUUAAAGUAAAUUCCUAGAGUACAGUGCUAUAACAUUACUAUACAGUCAUUAUAUCGGGUACUUUUUUUUUUAAAAACCUAACUUUUUCCCAUAAUGUUCUUUCAGACUGUCCUUAUUAAACCUGCAAUAAAAUAAUCAUUAUAAAAUAUAA